CAACGGCCCAGGGCUUUCCGCCAUGGUCCGCCAACAGACUACGCUCAUCCAGAAGUUCUCUCCCCAUGCUUCGCAGUUUCAGAAAGUGGCCAGCGCGCGAUAUGCGAAAGCGCCGCAGAAAUCGCCCCUUGCGGCGGUCUAUCCCUCGGCGAGGAAUGUGAGAACGGCGCUUGGAGCCGCGAACACGAACCGCUUCCUGAAAAGUCGGAGUAAGCUAGCGGCUAUCAAGGAAGAACCCCUCGAGGAAGAGGAGGAAGAUCAGUCCGCAUAUACCCACCGUCACGACCUACACCGCGAGUUUGAUGCCCUCGAGAGGGACGAGGACCUUGCGUACCGCAAGCACAGGCGGGAUGAGGACGACAGCAUGGACUGGGAUGACGAGUCUACGCUCGUCGCAAUGCUACAAAAGACGCCUGCGGUUGACGAGCAGGAGGAGGUAGCUGCCCUAGCAAACAAGCUGAAAGUUCCCAUGGCCGCACAAGGCGCGGCGAUAAGACAGUACCUCGGCGAGACCCUGCUUCCCGUCAUCGCUCGAGUAAAGGAGGUACAUGCUCUCCUGGAAGGCAAAAUUGACCUCGCGUUCGGUGCUGGUGUCAUGACGUUUGAUGAGGUUUGCAAGAAAGUGGAGAAUAUGGCAAUCCGCGACGAGGACGAGCUGAAGACAGCCUACACCGACUGUCAGCGCAAUAUGGAAGACAUCCUCGAGCAACUGCAAGAGGCGUACGCUCGGCGCGAUGGAUUAUGGGUAAACCUACAGCAGGAUGUGGAUCAAUGUGCUGAACGCGCCAAAGGAGCCCUCGAGAAUUUGCCAGCUGACGUCGAGCGGGUCAUUGCGGCGCUAGAGAAGAAGAGCAAGGAGUUAGACAAGGACGGGUCCGCGGCUUCGAAGCAGAAGAUGCUCAAGGGUCUUCUAGAGAAGCUGUGAUGCUCGAACAUCGUUUCACUGCUCCUUCCAUUCAUGCCGACCUUGAUGUCCUUGUGCAAGCUCGCGAUACCCCGACCGAACUGUAUCCAUAGUCUGAAUUUCCCUCGGCUCCACCGUUUCACCUUUUCACGGACUCCGCUGUAUACAUAGCAAGGAUCAUGGAUGAACCCGAAGCUGUCGAUAGCAAUGUAUAGUAUUUCUCGGAAUAGACGACUUCUAUGUAUACAUAGCGGCUCAAUACUCUGCGCUCGAAGCUGAGAAUUGCAUCGUAAUCGUAGGUGGAGAAC